GAAGAGAUACGUACCGGUAUCCCGGACACGAGCGACGUGCCACCAGUCGUGACAUGGAUCGGCGUAUUUUGCCAUGUGUUCUUUUGCGUAUGCUUCUGCCUCUUCCCUAAUCGCGUCCAUGUUGACCGUUACUGUUGGAGGCUCUUCAACCGUCAUCUUCAAUAUGAACGGUUGCCGUCUUUGGAGGUAUCGGUUGUUUUGACCGCGACCGCGUGCUAUAUAUAUAGGGAGUUCAGGAGCAAGCUUGAGGGCACCCGCAACCGCGUAAUCAGAUGAACCUCAACACCAAGAAAUCCAUAACGGAUCAAUGUCAUUCAGAUCACGGAAACCAAAGGCGAAGAUCAUUGCACAACGAGAAGAUGAGGAGGAAGAUACGGGUCCCGUCGCGGCAGAUACACCGGCGACAGUAGUGACGGGGGCGGAGGAAAGUCCAGCGACAAUGGCGUCACCGGCCUCGACAAUAAUCAAAAAGAAGACGAAGCGGCCAACAGCGGGACUCUCAAAGAUGUCCUUCGGUGGCGAUGAGGAAGAAGCGGAUACCGGGAUACCCUCCUUCAUCCCCAAGAAAUCCGCACUGUCCCAAUCAACAACCUCUCUACGAAAACUUACUCUUUCAACACCGACUUCCUCACCCACAGCGUCCACCACCGCUCCCUCCGCAGCAGUACGGUCCGCGUACACGAAGAGUUAUUUGAGCGAAUUAGCAUCCAGUACACCGAACACGCCGAAAGCGUUCUCGACACCCGGCGCGACGGGGGAUGCGUUAGAUAUUGAGGCGAAGUUUGGACGCGGCGCGGGGGUCAAGCCGGUCGAGAUAUUAGAUGAGGGAAUCGUGCGGGAACUCAAAGCACGUCGAGCCCGCGCCGCACGGCUAGGGCAGGUCAUCGCACACUCCAACGACGUUGAAGACGAAGACGACGACGAAAACAGAGUCGAGGGAAGAGAAGUUUUCAUCCCACUACGAGAGACUAAAAAAGAGAGAAGAUUGCAGAGAGAAGAUGAUGAUGUCCUCGGCGACGGCACGGAAGGUAUCGAGGGGUACGUCGAACACCCCAUCAUCCUCUCACGUGACGCCCACCGCCUUGAAGCACGCAGACUGCGAUCCGAGAUCCGGGAUGCGCUCGAGCCCUGCACAGACGACGAGGAAGUCGAAGCCGAAGACCCGGAGUGGGAAUGGGCUCAGCUUCGCCGAACACUCCCGCCCACCUCCUCCAUGCGGCACCCCUCAUCGCGUUCGCACUUGGUCGCACCACCGAUAACCACACCGCUCCCGACCCUAUCCGCUGCUCUCGCACGACUGAGGAAGACUUUGGAGGGGAUGAAGGAGGGACGCGACAAGCAUGUCAAGGAAUUGGAGAGGUUGGGGGUUGAGAGGGGGGAGGUGACGCAAAGAGAAGAGGAGGUGGGAAAGGGGUUGGAGGGGGUUGGGAGGGAGUAUGUUGGGUUGAGGGGGAGUAUGGGGGUGAUUGAUACGGUGGAAGGGAAGGGGAAGGAUGGCGUGGCGGGUGUGGAAGGGGUGGAGAGCAAUGGGGGUACGGGUGAUGUGAUGGACGUGGAGGUGGGGGUGGAGGCAUAGCUAUGAGGUUACGGCAAUACCAUCUAGGAUACUUCCACUGAAAAUUUAUUGCAUGUCAAGAGCAACU